GAUUCUUGAAACACACUAGGAUUGUCAUAAUAGAUAGCUUAAGAAUGCUUCGCACAUAUUUUAACUGAACCGACAGAGUGAGACGACGUGUUGUCGACAUGGAAAUAUGUGAAGAUGAAAGUAACAUAAUAUGUAUGUAGCGAGCUGCUGCCCGCUCGGUCCGAGAGGCGGAGUGCUGGCCAUGCGGACCUGACACAGCAGCAGCGUCGGGCCCCCACAGGCAGCAGGAGUAAUGCUGAAACGCGUCGAAAGGACUGCUUACACACUCGGCAUAUGUAUAACCUUGUUUGGCUUGGUGACGCGCGGAGCUUCGGUCGAUGCGCGCCAUAUGUCGAUGGGUGGCUGCUGCAGCUCCGCAGCGGCGUGACAACCUUUUACUUGCUGCAGCCGCUGCUACAGCCUGGCGAGGGCGACACGGCCCAGGCUGUAGCGACUGCUGAUGCUGUGGGUGCUGCUGCUGUGGGUGCUACGGCGGGCGGGCGGGGCCUGCUUCGGCUGCCGCUGGACGUGUCUGCGCUGGAGCCGCUGGGGCUACUGCCGCCGUCCGGGUCGCUUGUGCGGGCGGUCUGGAGGCCCAGCCUGAAGGAGGGGACAGCGGCGCCCGCAGCAGCAGCAGCAGCAGCAGCAGCAGCACUGGCAUUACCAGUAGCUGGUUCAGCGAGUGAGGUCUGGGAAGAGGCAGGCCAGCGGGAUGCGGCAGCAGCUGCAGCAGCGGUAGCGGACCCCGCAGCCGCUGUGCUGGCGGCCGCGGCGGCGGAGGUGCAGCGGACGCCACACGGGGCCCUGCUGGUGUUGCUGUCGCUGACACCACUGGACAGCGGCGGAGGCAGACCGGCAGGCGGGGUGGCGGGUGCAGGCGCAGGCUGGGUGGUGCUGCCACAACCGGGCGCUGACGCUGGAGCUGACGCUGAGGCCGACGCUGGUGCGGACGCUAGCGUUGACGCUGAGGCUGGGGCUGAGGCUGAGGGCGGAGCCGCCGCGACGGCGGGGUUGACAGGCGCGACGGCGGCACAAGACAGUGGCCAGUCGGUGCACCGCACCCAGCGGGACGGGCAGUGGCAGCAGCUGCGACGGCGCCUGUUGCAGUCGUUCACGGACUUCCCAUCCCCACCACCGCCGCCGCCGCCGCGGCCACCGCGGCCGCUGCGCCCGCCCGCGCCGCCCUCGCUCCCCGCUGGCAGCCCUGUGCCCCAGCCCAGUCUGCCACAGCCGAAUCAUGCACCGCCCAGCCAACCACCGCCGGGCCCUAGCCCCCCGCCGCCAGAACCCAGCCCCCCGCCUCCGGGCCCCGCCCCGCCCGCGCCCAAGCCACCCAUACCCCUCUCGCCUCCCAGCCCACUGCCUCCCUCGCCGCGACCGCCUCCACCGCGGCCGCCGCUUCCCUCGCCGCCGCGGCUGCCACCGCGGCCCGGCCCGCCACGGCCCAGCCCUGCACCGCCCGGCCCGCCGCCAAUGCCGCCCUCGCCGCCACAGCCGCCCACGCCAGAGGAGGGCGCGCAUGCGGCGGUUGUGGACUUAUACUCCCGGAGUGCGCGUGUGGCGGGAGGCGGCGACAUCAGCACGGUCUUCAUCAUUGUGGACUUGUGCGGCUUGGGAGGCGGACCCGCAAUUACAAAGGAGGAACUUGAGGAGCUGUUGUUUGAGCCGUUGCCAAACAGCAGUAGCAGUAGCAGUAGCAGUACCGGCAGCGGGAACACAGUUGGUGGCAACCGGCCCCCGCCGCCGCCUUCGCCUUCGCCGUCGCAAUCACGGUCGCCCUCGCCCUCACUAGAAGACAUCCUAUUUGAGUUCGAGGCGGGCGGCGCCACCGGCACGACGCAGGACCCUAGCGGCAGCGGCGGCAUGGACAUCGAUGGCGUCAGCCUGCAUGACACGGCGCCCGGGCUGACGCUGGAAAGCUACGUCAGCAACUGCUCCGUCGGCGCCGCCCGCAUCAACCGCUCCAACUCCCGGGUGGUUGGCCCGUACCGGUUACCCUGCGCGUACACAGCGCCGCCAGGCGGCGGCGCCGCCUUUCCCUCCACCGCCGCCACGCCGCCACCUGCUUCCGGCACUGGCGGCCGCGGCAGCGGCGCCGGAGAGAGCCCCACCGCCGGCGGGGUCAUCCCCUCGGGCGACGCCGCGGCAGCCGCCGGCGCUGCGGCCGCCGGCGGCGCCAGCUGGAGCGCGGCGCGGUGCUCCGUCGCCGACGUGUUCGGAUGGGCCGACGCCGCAGUCGCGGCCGCCGCCGCCGACGGCGUGAAUCUGUCCCGCUACGCGCACCGCUUGAUCGUGCUGCCGCCCAACAUGCGCGAGUGGGCCGGGCCCAACUGCUCCUGGACCGGCCUGGCGACGCUCGGGCCCGUGCCCGCCGCCGCCGUUGCCGUCGCCAUCAACGGCGGCGCAGCCGCCGCCAGGUCGGCCGCUGAUGCGCCGCCGCCGCAACCGCCGCCGUCGCCGCCGCAGGCCGCGGACGCGGGUGUGGGCUACGCCUGGGUGUCUGGUAGCUACGCGCGCAGCCUGCUGUCCUACCUACACGAGCUGGGGCAUAACCUGUGGCUGGGCCACGCGGGCGUGGGCUCCUGUGACGAUUGCGACUGGUCCUGCGCCAUGGGCAUGUGCUGCCGCGCGCGCUGCUUCAACGGCCCGCACGCCUGGCAGCUGGGCUGGGCGGUGCCGCCGCCCUCACACGUCAUGUCCGCUGCCACCCUGCCACUCGGUGUUCGGCGGCGCCUGGCGCUACCAGCGGCGCUGACGUCACAGUCCAGCCUGGCUGUUGUACGCGCGGACUGGAUGGCUGGCGCCGCCGCCGGUGCUGCUGGCACCGGCAGCCGGAAUGCGACUGACGGCGCCGGCGCUGCCGCCGGCGGCGCCGGCCCGCGGGCAGCGGCGGCGCCGACGCUGUUUCUGAGCUACCGGCCACGCACUGAGCCGUACGACGCCGACAUCCCCCAGGCCUUUGGCGGCGGAGUUACCGUGCAUUCGUACAACGGCACAAGCCAGCGUGACACGGCGUCCACGAGGCUGCUGGCGCGGCUGCUCGAGGGGAAUAGUUGGUGGGACGUGGCGCCAGCGGCGGCGCCGCCACCGCCGCCGUCGCCCGCCAGCGGCCAGGUGCUCUUCUCAACCACCGCACCGGGCGCCGCCGCCGGGCCGGCGGCGGCCGGGGCAGCGGCGUCGGUGUCGGCCCCGUCAGCGGCGGCGGUGGUGGGCGCGGGCCUGGCGGCGGCGGCGGGGUCGUCGGCGGCGCGCACGGCGACGGUUGGCGGGGUGGUGGGCGGCGGCAGUGUGGGCUCAGGUCUGUUGGUGACUGUGCUGUAUGCCAACGGCACGCACGCGGAGCUGGAGCUGUGCAGGGGCUGCGUGCCGCUGCCGGCCAGCCCGCCGCCGCCCGCGCCAGGGAGCCAGCGGCCCGUGGUCAUCGGCUUCUCGCCGCCGCCGCCGCCGCCGCCGCCCCUUCCGGGCGGGCUGGCGCCGCCGGGUGCAGCAGGGCCGCCGCGGCCGACGCCCAGCUCGCCCGCGCUGCUCUCCCCGGUGCCGCCGCUCGAGCCAACCGCGCCGCCGGCGUCACCGCGCCGCCGCCGCACCUCGCCACCGCCAACUUCCAGCACAUCGCCACUGCCAGCGCCCCAGCCCAAGUCACGCCGUGCCAAGCCGCCGUCGCCGCCUCCGGUCGCCGCCGCCCCAAAACGGGCCCGGAAGAGCCCACCGCCAAGGCCAGCUCCAAAGCCACCCUCACCGCCGUGGCCAAGUCCCUCGGCUGGAAGCGGUAGUGGCGGCGGCGGCAGCGGCGGCGGCGGGUCCGGACUGUCUCUUCCGGUGGAGCGUGGCUCUGCCGCUGGCGCGCCGAGGGCUGCACCGCCGCCAGCCCCACCGCUCCCACCGCCGCGGCCACCCCAGCCCCAGCUGCUUGCGUCCCCCGGCCUGCAGCCUGAAAGCACCUCGACCCCAGUGGCUGCACCCACGGCUGCCCCUCCGCCCGCACCCCUCGCCGGGCCUGCCACUUCCCCGGUGGCCCAGCCACCUCCACCGCCCCAGCCCCGGCUCGCACCCACGAUGCCAGCACCCCCACCGUCCCCACACCCCCCGGCCCCCGGCAACCAGGGCCCGACACGAAGCCCACAGCUGCUGCCACCGCCAGCUCCAGCGCCGCGAUCACCGGAGCCGCUGGCAUCGUGGCCCCCCUUGCUGCCAGCUGCCCGGCCGCAGCCCAGUCCGACCCCUACACCAGCUUCGCUGCUUCCGCCCAGCAGCCCUGUGCAGGCGCCUGGGUCGGGCCCAGCUCCGGCGUCGGCGCCAGCAUCAGGGCAUCGAAGAGCGCUGUCCGCGAGGGGACAUGCGACCGCAUCAGACAGCCUCGGCGACAGCGUCGCAGGUGCAACCGGUGCAGAUUCUGGUGACUGUCAUGGCGGGGGUGGUGGGGGUGGGGUUGAUGGGGGUGACGCUUCAGUGGCCGGUGGCUUGCGUGUGGGCCACGCCGAGGUGACGGAGCAGCGACGGCACGCCGCAGCGCCCUCGGAAGACGCGGCAUAGUAGCAUACGUGUUCGCGUGUCCGGACGUCCGACAGCACCGGUACACGCGGGGUUUGGGCCGGAGGCAUAUAGUGCUGGAGGCUGGCAAGGAGCAAGCUGCACCAGCACUGCGUGCCGUGAGCUAGAGGUAGAGCAGGGUCAUCCGGCUUAUGUUGGAACACAAUAUGCGUGCGGGCACAGGAUAGUAUGUGGUCAACGAGCCAGCACUACGGUACCUCACAUACGGACUUGAUGUGUAUCGAGGAGCUAGGCGGCAUGCGGCGCAGCUGUACGUUAUUUACCUGUAGGGUGCAGAAGCAUGCAGAUCCUUAGGGAGUUAGGUUGCAGCGCGGUCAGACAUAUCAGUAGGCAAGGACUUGUGGCCUCGAGACAGCAUGCCUAAGUAGGGCGUAGCAGCAGACGAGGAAUCGAGCCGUAGGGGCGCGGUGUGAGUUUGGGCAUGCAGAGGUUCAGAGUGGAAGUACGUCUGGUGAUUACUGUUGGUCAUUCAUGUUGAGGCGUGCUGUGUGCAGGGGGAGGGCCUGAGGACUUGGUAAACCCCAAGAUCAGGAUAAGAUGAACAGGCCGCGGGCAUGUUUAUGUGCGCAGUUUGUGCGGUUGUUGGCCGGGGUUUGAUAAAGCGCCGAGCUCUGUGACGCGGUUCGAGGACCCCGUCCUUGGGGGCUUGGUAUGGAUGCGGCGGCGCAGGCCCGUGGGAGUAUCUACAUUCAUUCGUCUUGAGCAGCUGUUCAUCCCACGCGUGUGUAUGCGCAAUGCGGCGGGCAGCAAGUGCUGCAAGGCACCUGGCUUGUGUGCAGCUGUUCCGCCGUGAGCUGGCGUCGUUGUGUGCCGUAUUGCGGGACGCAGCCGGUAAAUGGGCUGAUGCCGCCCGAGUGCGUUUCAAUUGCAUGGCUGGGUUGCUCCCGCUGUAAGAGGGCGGGGGCAGCACAGCCGGUAGCAUACGUGAGAUAGCUGGUUUGAGGUCAGGUUUGACGUUCGUUGCUGUAGUUAGGGCAUGAUGUGGUGGUAUCAGGGCCAGGCGAAUGGUCUAGCAAGAUGUUUGGCAGGAUACUGCAGUGGUGGCAAACAGAGUUCAAUGGUAGGCUUGACGCGUCGGCUUGCAUUCAGUGCUCGUAUCUUCCAUCUACGGUGUAGAAAUUUGCCCCAAAUCCGCCGAAGGCGGAGAAAUAUUUUGGGUUGCUGCGGCACGGCUGUUUCGGAACGGUUGCUGCGGCACGGCUGUGCGGUGCCAAGUUCAGGUGAUGUGAGUCGUGCUGUGCACGCCUCGUGGCAACGAGAAUGCUAUUAACAUGGAACAGGAGUGCCUGAGGAGGCCAGUGAUAGCGAUGUUGUGUGGCCAUGUGCGCAGACUGGGCGUUGUGUUAGAUAGUCCGUACGUGAGCCCAGUCGCUCUUCGUGCAACUGCUCCUU